AUGCAACAGGCAGUGAGACAUGUAGAUCCCAUGGGAGUUUCUGCGUCUUUUCUCACACAUGAAAUCAGUCCGAGUUCCACGCAACCCCGUCCACUGCAUGCCUCAGAGGAAGGGGGUAGUAGGGAUGAUACCGUACAGAAUACUGUAAUUGAAUCUGUAUUUUCUACAGGAGUUAAUUUACUUGGUGUUACAGGAGUACGUCAGGAUGAAAGUGUGAAUGCUUCUAUUGAUGGAAUCCCUCAUCAACGUCGUCAUGUUGUUUAUGAGUAUGAUGAUGGUUUAUUUGUUUCACGUGCAUUACAUAAUAAACUUAUAGUGAAGGAAAAGGAAAUGAUAGAACGUGUAAGUGUUCCAGAAGGACGACAUCGUUUAUCUUCAGCAACUACUACAACAGUUAGUGGAAGAAAUAGUGGUAAUAAUAGACCCUCUAUGAUGGAUGUUAGUAAUUAUGCACGACGUGCGGAAGGGUUUCGUGGUAUUGUACAAAAAGCUCUUAAAUAUAUGCGUAGAAUAGAGUCCUUCUUCACGGCAUUUGGAGCUGGUGCUUCAUUAAUUUCCCUCCUGAUAGUACGUGUUGGUAACCAUCAGGAUCCUCCAUUAGAUGAUCCAGUAUUAUUAUAUUUUGCUAUUGUUUACAAGUUUAACGGUUCCUUAUUUCUUUUUAUUUUUUUAUUGCUUUUAAUUAUCUCGCUUGCACCUUUGGCUUCAGGUCUGGCGGAUAGCCAAUGGCGGCAUGUUCGAAGAAGACAACGGAGUCACUCUCUCGAUAACGAUACCCAAAUCCAGAUGACACAACAACAACAACAACAACGCCGACGUGUAGAAUCUGCAAUACGCCGAAAACCCGGUGUACGAUUUGCGGAUCAACAUGCGGGUGUUGAGGGGGCACUAUUCUCAACAUAUGAUGGUGGAGUAAAUUCCGUUCUAACGGAAAGUUUACCUCUUUCUGUUGUAGGUGGAACAAGAGGCGAAUCCAUGAUGACAUUGCCAUAUUCUACUGCGGCUGUUUCUAUGCCUCCUUCCGCAUCUUUUGGUGUUGGUGUUGGUAGUAGUGGUGAUGGGGCCGUGAGAGGAACAGGACGGCGCAGAACACGUGUGUUCACUCCUGUGGAUAACACAAUAGCGCGUAAACUGUUGGGGCGAUCGUGGAUUAAUCCAUGGCGUGUGUUACUGGUGCCUCUACUGUGGCUGCAUUUACUUGGGUUGGUGUUCACCGUUGUGGAGAUUGCCUUAACGGAGGGGCGUAAACCGAGUGAAGUGUUGACACUGCGUCAAGAUGGUAACAGUGCUGCGGCAAUAUUGUUACUCGCUGUUAUCUGUAUCCGUACCGCAUUGUUGUUUCUCGUUUUCUUGAUAGAACUUUUCCAGUCAGAGAGAUGGAUAGAUUGA